AUUUUACUAAGGAUUGUCUCCCAAAACAGUUUGCAGAUUUUACUGUUUUAUCUGCUGCUUUCAUUUGUUUAUGGAAGAUGUGUGGGCGUACGAUUGCUGCUAUCUAGACAACUCCAGGAGUAAGGGCAUAAAAUAUUUAUGUAGAGAAAACGUAAUUGGAUCAUGCGAAAUUCGAGCAUCAAGCUGUGGUGUUUGAACGCGACACAUAAUUGAAGCAACUCAGUUAUAAACAAUUCUAAUCAUAACCAAGCAACGCUCUUCAAAAUGACGAGGAAGCCAAAUUUACUACACGAGUGGUUCAAUCUGUUGGCACUGAUUUGGAUGAUUCUAUCUGACAUUUGUCUGAAUGCGCACUGUUUGAAGGAUCUUAAGAUAUUCGUGCCGGAAGCUGUUAUCAUGGGAAAUGCUGCAACACUAUCCUGUCAAUAUGAUUUGGAGCAGGCGGCCUUGUACUCGGUACGCUGGUAUUUUGGCGCAGAGGAAUUCUAUCGCUACGUGCCAAAGGAGUCGCCACCCACAUUAGUGUUCCAUGUCUCCGGCAUAAAUGUUGAUCUACUAAAAUCUGAUGCAACAUCCGUAACAUUAAAAGGUGUCAACCGGGAACUAUCUGGUACUUAUCAAUGUGAAGUUUCGGAAGAUGCUCCACUUUUUCACACAGACAUACGUUCAGCACAUAUGCAGGUCAUUGAAUUACCCAAAGAUGAACCCACAAUGCAAGUUGAAAAGAAGAUAUUAACAGUCAAUGAUAACUUGAAAGCAGUUUGUACUGUUGGAACGUCUUAUCCACCAGCUAAUAUAACUUGGUACAUCAAUGGUCGAAAGAUAUUUAAAACACCUUAUCAACGCAUAAGCCAGGAUGCUUAUGAGGGGUCGGCAACAUAUUCCGCUCUGGAGAUGUACCCGCAUAGCCAAAUAUUACAGGGUUUCUUCCAAGCUGUGCCCAAGUACCAACCGAAUCUCCUACUGCUCUGCGAACUUUCCAUACUGCAUGUCUAUCACAAAAAUGUACAACAACGAAUUACGCUAAGCAUAGCACCGCCAACAACAAUUUCGCCCAAUCUACUUGGACUUGAAGGCUCGAAACGUGCCAAUGGUGAUCCAGACAAUUCAGCGCUGACAGGAAGCGCAACCCAUGCUCAACCACACACUCUCCCCACAAUGCUGGCUGUACUGUGCUCAGUUGCAGUUUUGCGCGCAUUGUUCACAGGAACUACACAAAGUUGCACAGCAUGUUGUGGUCGGCGUAGACGCCAGUUGUGACCAACUUGCAUGUAAAAUAAUCAAAGAUACAAAUUGAAACGAUAAUUCGAAAUCAAACAAAAAACAAAAACAAAAACAAAAACAAAAAACAAAAAAACUAAUUUUAAUCUUAUUUAUAGCAAAUAAAACAGAAUUAUUGUAUUAUUAAAAUAUUGUUAAAGACAAAUAAAUAAUGCUGAACACAUUUAAGUCAAUAGUUUAAAUUACAAAUUCGUGGAAAAUGGCAUGUUAAAAAGGGAUUUUUAUUUAUGUUGUUUAAGUAAAUAAUAGUAUUAAUUAUACAAGCU